AUGGAGAAUCUGGAUAAUAUAAACAAAGGAGUCAUGAAUAAUACAGUUUUGACUAAAGGCAAAAGUAAGAAUUCCGGGAAAAUAAAUCAGCAGCAUAGUGAAGGGAGAUCCUCUGCAAGGUGGAACGAAUUUAUGAAUAUUAAGUUUAUUGAGUUAUGUGAGGAAGAAAUUGGAAAAGGCAAUAGGCCAAACAGCCACUUCAAUUCCAGUGGGUGGAAAAACUUGGUUAGAAGGUUCAAUGAGGUGACGGGAAAAAAUUAUGUUUAUAAGCAACUUCGCAAUCAUUGGGAUUCUAUGCAGAAAGAUUGGAUUUUGUUUAAGAAAUUAAUGCACCAGGAGAUUGGAAUUGGAUGGAAUCCUUUGACGAAUUCAACUGAGGCUUCUGAUGAGUGGUGGGCUCAAAAACUUAGAGAAAAUGGAGACUAUAACAAGUUUAGGAACAAAGAUUUAUCACUAAUUUGGUUUCGCUAUGAUAAACUAUUUUCUGAUAUUGCUGCUACGGGAGAAAGAGCACGAGCACCAAACCAAAGAACUAAUGGGGAGUUUAAUGAAGUCGAAGAACAUGUGGAAAUUGACGAUAUUGAUGAAAUGAUUAUAUUGGAGUAG